AUGUCUCUCAAUAUUCCCGGCGCCCCCAACGCCGGCCUGUUCAAGGGGGGCUACAACAACUACGACUCGGAGGAUGGAGCUGUCCUGCGCAACAUCGAUGCCUGCCGGGCCAUCGCCUCUACCGUCCAGACCUCUCUCGGGCCCUAUGGACGGAACAAGGUUGUCAUUAACCACCUGCAGAAGAUGAUCCUCACCUCGGACGCCGCCACGAUCCUCAAGGAACUCGAUGUCGUUCACCCCGCAGCCAAGCUCCUGGUCAUGGCGAGUCAGCAACAAGAGGCUGAGAUGGGAGAUGCGACCAAUCUUGUCAUUGUUCUCGCCGGCGAGCUGCUACGGAAGGCGGAGGACCUGCUGCGGAUGGGCCUGAAGACGUCAGAUAUUGUGACGGGUUACGAGAAGGCUCAGAAGUUCGCGCUCGAGACUCUGGAGCAGCUUGCUGUCGACAAGGUUGAGGAUCUAAGGUCCCAGGAGGAGCUGAGCAAAGCUAUCCGCACCGUUGUUGCCAGCAAACAGAACGGAAAUGAGGAUUUCCUCGCCGAUCUUGUCGCCGAGGCCGUCCUUGCUGUCCUUCCCAAGAACCCCGUCAACUUCAACGUCGACAACAUCCGCGUCGUCAAGAUUAUGGGUGGCAGCCUGGAGCAGAGCCGGGUUGUCAAGGGUAUGGUGUUCAACAGGGAGCCUGAUGGAUCGGUGAAGAAGGCCAAGAAGGCCAAGGUCGGAGUCUUCACCUGCGCCAUCGACAUCAGCCAGACUGAGACCAAGGGCACGGUCUUGCUACACAACGCAAAGGAGAUGAUGGACUUCACAAAGGGUGAGGAGGCGCAACUGGAGGCUGCUAUCAAGGAGCUGCAUGAUGUUGGUCUUCGGGUUGUCAUUGCUGGCUCGACGGUGGGAGACCUGGCUCUGCAUUAUCUGAACAGGUACGGCAUCCUGGUCAUCAAGAUCCUCAGCAAGUUCGAGCUGCGGAGAGCAUGCCGCGUCGUCGGCGCAACCCCUCUGGCCCGGCUGGGAGCGCCGAUGCCUGAUGAGAUCGGCAAUGUCGAUAUCGUCGAGACCUUGGAGAUUGGCGGUGAUCGGGUUACAGUCUUCCGCCAGGAAGACGAGGUGACGAGGACAGCAACUCUUGUCCUCCGGGGAGCUACGCAGAACCAUCUGGAUGAUAUCGAGCGGGCUGUCGAUGACGGUGUCAACGUUGUCAAGGCUAUCACUCGAGACCCCAGGUUGGUCCCCGGUGCUGGGUCUACGGAGGUUCAGCUGGUCGAGAGGCUACAGGCUUUUGGUGACAAGACGCCUGGCCUCCCCCAAUACUCGAUCAAGAAGUUCGGAGAGGCCUUCGAGGUUGUGCCGAGGACUAUUGCAGAGAGCGCUGGCUUGGACGCCACCGAAGUUCUCAGCAGACUCUAUGCUGCCGCGCACAAGAAGGAGGAGUGGACGUCCGGAGUCGACAUUGAGAACAACGACAACACUGGCGUUCUAGAUGCCGAGAGCGCCGGCAUUCUGGACCUUCUCGUCACCAAGCAAUGGGCUAUCAAGCUCGCCACCGAGGCUGCUCGCACCGUUCUGUCCGUAGACCAGAUCAUUGUUGCACGGCAAGCCGGCGGACCCAAGCCUCCAGGACCCAACCCUAACUGGGACGAGGACUAA